AUGAUCAUUUACCGAGGGCCGCCUGCUUCGAGAAAGAAACCUGGACCGCAGGCAAAGACAUUUGAGCAGUCCGCCCCGAGGCCCGCAGAAUCGCUUGAAGCCAGAUGGCCCACGUCAGCCAGCAGGACCGAUUCGACAGCAGAUUCAGAUGAAUGCAUUGCCAUGGAUGUGGACUUUUCGCCAAUUGAUCAUCAUGCGCAAUAUGGCCGCCACGACGAUGCCACUGAAUGCAGUGGAGAUCACCAACAGAUGUCUCUGGACUGGCUCGAGCCGCUCGAGUCAUUCAAUUUCGGCGAAAUUGUGUACAACGGUCAGCUCUCGCCAGAGCUCGGAGUGCAAGGUUUCAGCGCCGCUCCAAGCCUAGGACUAGAGCCUACGAUGGAGUUGCCGGCAGUCGUCAUCGACACUGACCCCGAUUUUCCACAGAGUGGACUAUCGGAUUCUGUGGAGUUCAGCACUGUUCUAUCGAGCGCCGUUCAAUCGGGCCCUGAAUCACGAACAACAAAAGUUGAAACACGGAUCGGUGCUGUGGUUGACAUGGCGGCAACAGACUUGCCGUCAUCGUCCCGGUGUCGAGGGCCAGCCACGAUCGACCUUCCAUCGGAUGACGUCCUGAAGCUCUCGGACGACGGCAAGGCUGUGGCGAGUGAAAGUGCCGCUGGACCCCUAACCUCACCCGAUCUGGCGACGCUCAACGGUUCAGAGCUAUCGAGAGCGUCGCGAGGAGAGCUGCACCCGGCUGGUACAGAGGCGGUGACAGGCUUCCAAGUAUCGCAAAAAGGACUGUCUGAUGAUAUCGGGGCCAGCACGGACAUCGACUUGACCGACCUCUUACCUCCGGCAGUCGAGGGCGAGAAAAGCGUCUGCGCAGAACAGAAUCACGUAAAUGAGGAAUUACAUGAGCAGGGAUGUCAGGAGCAGAGGUCUCCGCUACAUAGGAGCGAGUCGGAGCCAUCACAUUCGGUGCAAUCAGCCGAUUGCACCACCGACGACGAUGAGGGCGCACCCUUCGUACCUGGCAGGAGACGAUGUGGCCCUCUUUCAGCCCGCUCCCCGUUAUAUCGGCAAGACGUCGACGACUUCCGAGGAUAUCCCGCGACAAGUUCUGAAGGACAGUAUGGUACGCCGGGAAUCUCGUCUCAGGGCCGCCUAGGCAGGCAUGGGCGAAAGCGAAUGCACGUUAGAUGCACACAUCUCGAUGACGACGAUUUCGUCAGCAAAGAAGCCGAGCUCUUGCGCAAGGCAGACGAACCACACAGGCGUCGCAAAGCUCGCAAGCGCUGUGGCAGCAGUGACCGUCGUUCACAACGUCCUGGCUGCUCGGCCGUUACUGCUUGCUCGCUAGAGACUGUGCAGAGGCCAUCCCAACCAAGUCGUCGGAGACACUGCCAAGACCACGAUGCUCGCUCUCAGCGGUUGUCGUUGGCAUCGACACCGCCAGAGCUGCUAGAACAGCCGACCUGGGCCGUUGACCGCAUCGUCAGAUGCAGCCUGAAGAAUGGGAAAGUGUUCUACAGGGUCAAAUGGAAAGAUACCUGGGAGCCUGCAACCAGUCUGCAAGGUUGCGCGGACACCGCUGUCGCAGAGUUCCACGCUGGGCGUCCCACUACCCGCUCCCACAAUGAGUGA